GUCUCCAAGAUGGCCGGUUGGGGAAGGAGGCGUCUUGGCCCGGGCAGCAGUGGCGGCAGCGCCCGAGAGAGGGACUCAGCAGUGUUUGUCAUGAAGAACAUCAGACUCUGAGCUGUAACCUGAAUUCUUGUCCAGAAUUCAGCACACUGGCAACGAGCACACGAAACAGAUUGCCACUUGUCCCGUCGGCGUCUUUGAGACACACUUGCCGAUCUAGGAAGGCACAGUGCAGGUACCUGUGUGUUCUGCCCCUUGGGUGCCACCCCGGACCAGCCCACAGACGGCCCCACCUGUCCUCCUUGGGCUGCUUGUCUUCACUCCCUCAGGGCCUCCGAGCGUGAUUGUUGGAAUGGUGAGCUUGUCGGCCACAGACUGUUACAUCGUGCACGAGAUCUACAAUGGGGAGAACGCCCAAGACCAGUUCGAGUACGAGCUGGAGCAGGCCCUGGAAGCCCAGUACAAGUACAUCGUGAUCGAGCCCACACGCAUCGGCGACGAGACGGCCCGCUGGAUCACCGUGGGCAACUGCCUGCACAAGACCACUGUGCUGGCGGGCACCGCGUGCCUCUUCACCCCGCUGGCUCUGCCCUUAGAUUACUCCCACUACAUCUCCCUGCCUGCUGGCGUGCUCAGCCUGGCCUGCUGCACCCUGUACGGGAUCUCCUGGCAGUUUGACCCCUGCUGCAAGUACCAAGUGGAGUACGACGCCUAUAAACUGUCCCGCCUGCCCCUGCACACACUCACCUCCUCCACCCCCGUGGUGCUGGUCCGGAAGGACGACUUGCACAGAAAGAGACUGCACAACACAAUAGCCCUGGCCGCCCUGGUGUACUGUGUAAAGAAGAUUUACGAACUCUAUGCCGUAUGAUCUCAGUGGGACGGGGAGAGAAGCAAAUGACCCAGCCCACGAGAGACCCCCCCCGAGUAUUCAGAUGGCCCCAGUAACAGUUUUUGCUCUGUGGGGCGGCAGAGCCUGGGAAGGGGUUUCGUUUAAUAUUUGUUAUUUUAAAAAAAAAAAAAUAACACAGAUCACAGGUGUACCAAGGGUUUUUCAACUCAUUACACUAAGAUGUGGAUUUCCAGAACCCACAGGGGGUCUGAGCUAUGGGAGUCUGAGCGGGCAGUGGAAUGUGGACAGCAGCAACGCUACUGAGGGGGUAUGAAUGCGCUUGUGGGGCGGCGGGGAGGUCUUUACGUCUGUUGUUUAACUGUACCAUCCAGAGCCAACCAGAAGCUAUUGACCAUUAAAAUUAUGAGAAUUUCAACU